AUGCCACGUAACAAAAUUUCUGACAUUGUCGAAGGACGUAUUUUACAAUUAUUACAUCAGGGAUAUUCUCAGUCUCGUAUUGUGAACAUUUUGAAACAUGAUGGCAUAUAUGUAUCUCAACCUACUGUGUCAAACGUCAAACAAAAGAUCGGUCGUCAAAGAAAUUCCACAUCAAAAAUUACAAUUUUUCGACAAAAACCGUCACAAACACCCGAUAUUGUUAAGAAGGUCAUUAAAAAGAUUGAUGUCCAAGAACCACCAACUCAACGUGCUGUUGCUAAAGACCUUCGUAUUAGCCAAUCGACUGUUUCGAACAUUAUCAGAAAUUCAGGAUUUACUCUUCGAAAGAAACAAAAAGUUCAAAAAUUAACGUCAUCAAAUGUUAUGAAACGUGGUCAACGAUCAUUUAAUCUAUAUCGUCGAUUAGCACGUGGUCGAUAUAAGAACUUCAUUACAACAGAUGAGACUUGGUUUUAUUUGGAUGGAACUCGUGGGAAAAGAAAAGUAUGUUACAUUAGAAAAACUGAUCCCGACUAUGAUCGAAUGAUUAUUCAACAAAACACUUGUCGACCAAAAGGUUUUAUGGUGUGGGGAGGUGUAUCAAGUCAAGGAAAAGCUGAACUUCGUUUUGUUACACCUGGUACAAAAGUCAAUUCAAAUUAUUACAUUAACAACGUUUUAAAGCCAUUUUUAGCAAAAGAUGUUCCACGUUUAUUUCCAAAAGGAAAAAAAUUAAAAUGGAUUCUUCAUCAAGAUUCGGCACCAAGUCACACUGCAAAAGAAACAAUUAAAUUUUUGAAUCGAAACAAAAUUCAUUAUAUUACACCACAAGAAUGGAUGCCUGCUAGUCCUGAUGCUGCACCGAUGGAUUAUUCAAUUUGGGGACAUACGAAACAACAGCUGAAUAAAAAACGUAUUGAUUCUAUUGAUGAACUUAAAAAGGAGAUUUUUAAACGACGCAAAACUAUUAAAAAUAACGUAAUCGACCUGUAUAUAUUUGAAAAAUACAAAGGACCACCACCGGAAAUUAACAGUCCCUUUGGAAAACCACCUUCGUCGACAAGUGCACAUUCUGAUGAUUUUGGUGAUGAAGACGAUGUGCUUACAUACAAACUAGGUUCAUCUGAUUCUCAAGCCGUAAAACAAAUGUUACUAAGUUUAUAUUCAUAUUGGAAAUUAUUGACGAAACGUUUUAUAGACUAUGUAACAUUAUCUUUACGUGCAGGAUGUGUGUUUACUAUAUGUCCUGCUAUACAACAACGUUUACGACGGAUACCAAUUGAACAUCCUGCCUUAGUGGAUAGAUACCUAGCUGAUGAUGAUUUCAUUCGAAACAAAAGAAAGAAAUGUCAAACAACAGAAGCAACAUUAGAGAAAGUUUACAAAAUACUGAAUCAAGAUGAAACAACAUAUGUCAAUGACAUAUUCAGCAAUUUCAUCGAUAUUGACAAAGAUUCAACAGACCUUUCGCCGACAAUACAGAAGACUUUAUCGGAUAUCACUGAUAACGGCACUAUCAGUCCUAGUCCUCCUAUAUCAACGACUAUUCCGAAAUCUUCAUCAAAAGCAAUCAAAUCAUCGCUUCAGUCCAGUAAUAUAAGUUUAUUCUCGUCCCCAGCACCUGUUAAUCAACCUUCAUUCGCUUUUCCGGCACUUAACACUGUACCUACAUUCUCGUUCGGUACAACUUUUUCUACACCUUCGUCAUUAUUCGGAGCUGUAACACCAAAGUAA